AAAAAAAUAACCAUAUAAAAAAUGAAUCUAACAUAAUAGCUUAUAGGAGUGGUACCUCAAGGUACAAUUACCACCAGCUAUUUUUCGUCCUCCUAUUGAGAUUCAGUUACAGAUCGCCAUUGAUCAGUGUCUAUCUGCCACACGCACAAAAUGUCAGCUAACCAGUACAGACCAGCUCGGUUGGCCGCCGGCGGAACCAUUUCAUGGCCGUGGCGGCGCAAAUUAUCAAACCGGAAGAGGACAAUUGCCGCCGCUGCCGCCGCCGGAAUAUCCCUUUUCCUUCUCAUUUUCUCACCAAUCUCGGUCUCGCGUAAAGCUGCCCCGAAUGCGAACGCUGAUGCGAAUUCCGUCGUUGACUCCGAGUGGAUACCGUUCACGCCUUUAUCCAAGGCGAAAGAAAAUUCCGCGUUUUGUUUGGAUGGGAGUGUGCCUGGCUAUCAUGUGAGGAGGGGAUUUGGAUCUGGCUCUGAUAACUGGCUUCUUCACGUUGAGGUUUCCCCUUCACUGGGCGGAGGCUGGUGCAGUACAUUAUCGUCUUGUUAUGCUCGGGAGAGAACGAAAUUGGGUUCGUCAACCUACAUGGAAUAUCAAGUCCAGUUUUUAGGAAUUUUGAGCCAUGACCCUCUUCAGAAUCCUGAUUUUUUCAAUUGGAACAAGGUGAAAAUACGUUAUUGUGAUGGAUCCUCAUUUUCUAGUCACCCAGACUCUGAGUAUAAAAAUGGAACAAAGAUUUUCUUCAGAGGACAGCUUAUCUGGGACACACUUAUGGAAGAGCUCUUGUCCAUUGGAAUGUCUAAAGCUCAUGAGGCCCUUCUUACAGGAUGCUCUGCUGGUGGUUUGGCCACUCUCAUACACUGUGAUAGUUUUCGGGAUCUUCUGCCAAAAGAUGCAAAUGUCAAGUGUCUUGCUGAUGCAGGUUUUUUUAUUAAUGAGUAUGUGCUUUACUUUCUCGGGUUUUCUGACACUCUCUUUUUUAGUAUUCACCUUCAUGAUCAUAUUCCCCCUGAUUUUCCACAUAUUCUAAGGCAAGAUAUUGCUGGAAAUCGUACCAUAGAAUCCUUCUAUCAUGAUGUUGUACAUCUCCAGAGUGUUGCUAAAAGUUUGAAUCAUGAUUGUGUUGCCAGAUCCGAACCUUCGAAGAUAGCAAAUAUUUUGGUGCCUGAUUCAUCAGAUCCCAAUGGCAGCUGGCUCAGGUGCAAACUGAAUAUUUUUAAUUGUGAUCCCAAACAGCUAGAAGUGCUCCACGGUUACAGAAAAUCAUUGCUCAAGACAAUCAAUGAAAUCCGGCAAACACUAAAAGUGGGUGUGUUUAUCAAUUCCUGUUUCGCCCAUUGCCAGACGUGGGCAGCCGAGACGUGGCAUUCUCCCACUUCUCCCAGAAUCAACAACAGAACAGUUGCAGAAACAGUCGGCUAUUGGUACUUCAAUCGAGGAGCAGCCGAGCUAGUCGAUUGCCCUUUCCCCUGUAAUCCCACUUGCUACCAUAGAGAUCUCACUAUUCGGUGAAAGCAAUAAGAAUAUGACUCCAGGUUUUUGUUGCUAUAUCUCUUUUAGCUUUGUCUCUUGUUGUCGGAUGGGAUUAUCUGAGUGAUUUUCUUGGGACGAGCUGGGAAAUUCAAACGGCUGGCAAAAUUUCAGUAAUUUAUACAUGUGUACUUAUGCAACUUUGUCAGUUGGUUAGCUUCCCUCCCUGUUGAAUUAGUAGAUAGAAGUCAGCCUUUUCUCAUUUAAUUCCAAUUUACUUGAUAUCUUAUGGCUGGACCUAGAGUAGGUGCUUUAUUCGAGUCGAGUCAGAGUCGAGUCGAGCAAAGCACCGCAUGUUCGAGCUCAUGAUCGUGAAAGCUCGGUUCAACUCGAUUCGUUUAACAAACCUACAGUCGUAAACAAGCUAUUCGUGAACUCAACUUGUGCAAAUGUGAACAUGCACGGCUCGGUUGUUUGUUCAAAACCUAAAAAAAAAACGAGUUGUUCGAGAAUGAGUUCGGG